AACAAAUAUUGCUGUCAUAACGUGAACCUCACUAUUUGAGUACACUUUUCGGUUAACUGAUUAACGUCUACUCUCUACUCGAGAAGUUUUUUAUGCACAGAAUGUAAUACCACAAUUAUAGGACGCGCUGAGAUUCAGACGUUAGUAAAAGCAUCUCUAUUAUGCUCAUGAAACCAUGAAGAAACACCACAUGAGCUGAAAAACUUGUUCACUGUCCUUGUUCUUGUUCCUUCUUUUCUCGUUCUCGUUCAGUUUUGGUAAUUAUCUUGUACUUAAUUUUGGUUAGGUGGUGUAAUAUUCUGUCAAAAAAGCUUGUGGCUUCCUGUUGAUUACGUUACUAUGGCUGCUGUUCAAAUUUUCAACAGAAUAGGCCAAAUUGGCUUGGGUAUAGCUCUGGCUGGAGGGGUUAUAAACUCUGCUCUGUACAAUGUUGAUGGAGGACACAGAGCAGUAAUUUUCGACCGAUUCGCGGGAAUCAAAAAUCAGGUUGUUGGAGAAGGCACACAUUUCAUCAUUCCUUGGAUUCAGCGGCCCAUUGUCUUCGACAUUCGAUCCCGUCCCAGGAAUGUGCCAGUAAUCACUGGAAGUAAAGAUCUCCAGAAUGUGAACAUCACAUUGCGUAUCCUAUUCAGACCGUUGCCUGAUCAAUUACCGAAGAUUUACACAAUUCUUGGAGUAGAUUAUGAUGAAAGAGUGCUGCCGUCUAUCACAACUGAAGUUCUCAAAGCUGUUGUAGCGCAAUUUGAUGCCGGCGAGUUGAUCACACAGAGAGAACUGGUGUCGCAGAAAGUCAGUGAAGAUUUGGUAGCACGUGCGGCUCAGUUUGGAGUCAUUCUAGACGAUAUUUCAAUUACUCACCUGACAUUCGGCAAGGAAUUCACGCAAGCUGUUGAACUGAAGCAAGUAGCUCAGCAAGAUGCUGAACGUGCCAGGUUCCUUGUAGAAAAAGCUGAGCAGCAGAAGAAGGCGGCUGUAAUCGCAGCCGAGGGAGACGCGACGGCAGCCGAGCUGUUGGCCAAGUCGUUCGGAGACGCUGGUGAGGGACUCGUCGAGCUCAGGCGAAUCGAGGCCGCCGAAGACAUUGCCUACCAACUGUCGCGCUCUCGCCAAGUCUCUUAUCUUCCCAGUGGCCAAAGCGUAUUAUUAAACCUUCCUUCACAAUAGAACUAGCCCUCUGUAGUAAAUCGAAUAGAAUAAAGUGAUUGCAUUUUCAAACGUUACAAGAUGGGCUGUUGGCAGAUCAUUUUGACUUAUGAAGUUCUAAAAAGAAUUUCGAAAUAUUAUGAGUGGAAGAACUUUCGUAACAAAUCAGCUUUACCGACUGUACCUCAAAAAUUGCUGUCGAGUGAAAGGACUUUCAAAAAUCAAAUUAUUAAAAUUAUUGAUGUUUCGAAGUCAAUGCUCCAGAAAAUGAGUAGUUCUUAUAGUUAUUCUUUAUGCAAUUAUGUUUUGUUACUGUAAUAUAUUUUGUAUCCGACUAGUUAUUAAAUUUAAGAAUUAUAUGCAAUGCCAUUGAA